AAUAGACUCUUGAUACACUUCUCCUUCCCCUCAUCCUCCUCUCCUUUCAUUUGUCAUAUAUAUCAUGUCGAACCAAGUCAUCGUCGUUGGAGGUGGUCUCUCCGGACUCAGCGCUGCCCAUACCAUCCUGGAGCACGGUCUGAGUGUACUCGUCAUCGACAAGAACGCCUUCUUCGGAGGAAAUUCCACCAAGGCUACCUCCGGUAUCAACGGUGCCUUAACAAAGACUCAGAUCCAGCUUGGUAUUAAGGACUCUGUUGAGGCCUUCUAUGACGACACUGCCAGAUCUGCUCGUGACAUGCUCCGUCCUGACCUUGUCAAGGUUCUCACCGGUCGUUCUGCCUCUGCUGUCGAAUGGUUGCAAGACAAGUUCCAACUUGACCUAUCCUUAGUUUCCCGCCUUGGUGGACACUCCUUCCCUCGAACCCACCGUGGCAAGGAAAAGAUGCCUGGUAUGACCAUUACCUAUGCACUGAUGGAGAAGAUUGAGGAACUCAGCGUCUCUCAGCCAGAUCGCGUCAAGCUAAUUAGAAAGGCUCGUGUCACCAACCUGAUCAAGGAGAACGGUGUUGUCGUUGGUGUUGAAUAUGAACACUUGAGCGAACCUGGAAAGAAGGUUGCAGCCUGGGGCCCUGUUGUCUUGGCUACCGGAGGAUAUGCCGCUGAUUUCAGCAGCGAUUCACUCUUGAAGAAAUACCGCCCCGAUCUCUGGGACUUGCCUACUACUAACGGUGAUCAUACUACUGGAGAUGGUAUUAAGAUGACUCUGGCCAUUGGUGGCAAGACUAUCAACAUGGAGAAAGUUCAGGUUCACCCCACAGGAUUGGUCGAUCCUCGUGAGCCCGAUGCCAAAGUCAAGUUCUUGGCCGCAGAGGCUCUGCGCGGUGUUGGUGGUCUUCUUUUGCAAGCUGACGGCAAGCGUUUCUGUGAUGAACUCGGUCACCGUGAUUAUGUCACAGGUAUGAUGUGGAAGAAUAAGUUUCCAAUCCGUCUGGUCCUCAAUACGGCUGCUGCUAAGGAGAUUGAGUGGCACUGCAAACACUAUGUUGGUCGUGGUUUGAUGAAGUACUUCAAGAACGGUGAAGAGCUUGCCAAGGAGAUCGGUAUCCCUCCCUCAGAGCUGCAAAAGACCUUUGAUGAGUAUAACGCAAUUGCUGAAGGCAAGGUCAAGGACCCAUGGGGUAAGAAGUAUUUCCACAAUAUCCCAAUCAAGAUGGAGCAGGACUUCCAUGUUGCACAAAUGGCUCCUGUCCUUCAUUACACUAUGGGAGGAGUUGAUAUUAACGACCAGGCCAACAUUAAGGACACAAAUGACAAGCCCAUUCCAGGACUGUUCGCUGCUGGAGAGAUGUGCGGAGGUGUCCAUGGUGCUAACCGCCUUGGAGGAUCAUCAUUGUUGGGAUGCGUCGUCUUUGGUCGCACGGCUGGUGAUUCCGUUUCGGAUUAUGUGAAGUCCAAUCCAGUUGUUGGAUCAGGUGCUGCUGCAGCUCAGUCACAGGCUAUCUCACUUCCUGGAGGAUUCACCACAUCUGUUACUGUUGACCCCAACAACCAGAAGAUCAAUCUUGAGAUCAGCUGGGGUGGUGCUGCAUCAAAGGCUGUCGCGGCAGCUUCUGGAUCUGGUGCGGCACCAGCAGCAGCGGUUGAGCCUCCCAAGAAGUUGCCCUUGAUCUCGGCAGCUGAGGUGGCCAAGCACAACACUCCGGAGGAUUGCUGGGUCAUUGUGAAUGGUCAAGUCCUGGAUGUGACAAAGUUCUUGCCUGAUCAUCCUGGUGGGAAGAAGGCGAUUUUGAUCUUUGCAGGACGAGAUGCUACAGAGGAGUUCAACUUGUUGCACAAGCCCGAUGUUGUUGAGAAGUAUGCACCUGAAUCAGUGAUUGGUAUCCUGGACACAAAUAGUUUGCCAGCUCGUCCUGCAAAGAUCUAAAGGAAAAGAAGAGUGUACUAUAAAGAAUGUUUGAGAGC